CCCCCUUUCUUCCUGUGGCCCAGGUUGUGCGCGCAAGCAAGACGCCGGGCAAGACGAAGCACUUCCAGACGCACUUCAUCGGGCGCACGCUGCAGCUGCAGGACUCGCCCGGCCUCGUGUUUCCCUCGUACGCCGGCAUGGAGACGUGCGUGGUUGUGUGCCAUUCCUGCCUUGCCCCCUUCAGGAGAGGGUGUGGGCCGUGGAAAACUGACACAUAGGACGCGCUCUCUCUCUCUCUCUCUCUCUCCCACAUAAAGCCAGGUCUUCGGCGCCAUCCUGCCCAUCUCGCAAGUGCAGGCCGUGUCGACGUGCGUGGCGUGGGCGGCGGCGCAUCUGCCCCUCGAGCGCAUGCUGCACCUCGAGCUGCCGCCCAGCGACGACGCGGGCGGCGCGGGCAGUGGCAGCGCCGCGGCCCCGCGGCAGCCCGGCGAGGCCGCGCCGCACGAGUGGACGGCGACGCGCAUCCUCGAGGCGCUGGCUCGCAGGCACAACUACAAGACGGCAAAGGCCGGCCGCUGGGACUUGAACCGUGCGGGCAACGGCCUGAUGCGCUCGCUCGCCGAGGGCCGCGUGCCCUGGGCCUUCCGGCCGCCGCCGCCGCCCAUGGCCGACGCCGCCGCCGCCGCCGCGCUGCCGCCCGGCUGCAUCGGCGACGCGGCCCUCGAUGCGCGCGUGCUGGCCGGCGACGGCAUCUGGCUCGGCAGCGGCCGCGGCGUGCCCCAGACGCACGCCGACGCUGAAGCGAGCGACGACGACGAUCACGACGACGACGACGACGACGACGAUGACGACGACGACGAUGACGACGACGACGACGACGAGGGCGCAGCGUCUGCCGGCGAGCGCGGGGCGCAGGACAAGCAGGCGCCUCUUGCUCGCAGCGUGCGCUUCGGACCGGGCACCAAGAAGGCGGCGCCAAGCGCACGCGAAGAGAGCGAGGAGGAGAGUGAGGUGGAAGAGGCCGUGGCUGCGAGCGGCGGCAUGUUUGCCGCGCUGGCGCUCGACGGCGACAGCGAUGGCGGCGAGAGCGGCAGCGAGCGCUCUGCUGCGGCAGAGCACGAGCUCUGACGCCCGACGAGACGCACAGGGAGCGCGCGACGACACUGCUGUGGCGUACGAGGAGAGGGCAAUGAGAAGAGACCCUCUUCCAUACCGUUGUCUACACCGCUCCAUCCCGCCCUGUCGCCGUCGGACUGCACGCGGCCUGGAGCUGCUUCUCCUAAUGUAGUGUGUGUAUUGGCCCACGCAUCGGCGCCGCGGCGCAGACUUCACGCCUCUUGCGAGCCAGGCAGGAAGGCCCACGCCGUGCCCGUCGCCGCAAACACGAGCGACACGCCCAGGAUGGCAACGUCGGCGCAGACGCGCGCACGCGACAUGUCGGCGUGGUUGAGCUUGAGGUCUGGGGGUGAUGGGCGCGCGCGCGAGAGGGACAUG